AUGUCCAUAGUCAUGGCGGAAGAUACCUUGGCUGAAUCAAAUGGGGCCAGAACACCGUUACAACAGGUUCUUAAUGUUUGGAAUCGCAUUCAGGUUAACAGCCCUAUUUACAACUUUCUGCUUAGUGAUGUGGACAUAUAUUUCGCCGAAGAAGGCUCCUUCUCUGCGAGGCUUCAGGUCAGCGCUAAACAUCUGAACUCCAAAGGCGGCUUACAUGGUGUAUUUUCUGCUUGUGUCACAGAUUGGGCGGGCGGUUUGGCAAUCGCUUCGUGUGGAUUGCAGUCAACUGGAGUGAGCACCAAUAUCAACAUCAACUAUCUUUCUACCGCAUGUGAAGGCGACUGGUUAGAUAUCAGAGGCUAUGCCAAUAAAGUUGGCAGGUCUCUUGCCUUUACUACCAUAACUAUCUCAAAAAGCACCAGCCCUGGCAGUACCACCCUAGUGGCUCAGGGGUCCCAUACAAAAUACAUCAAAGCACGAUAA